GUACGGCCGUGAGGGCCAACCACCACCGAAACAUCCUCCGAGGAAGGAAGCCGCAGGCGGCCUCGCCCGGUCAGAAAACCAAAAGUAAAAGGAGAGGAGACCAAACCGCCGUCCCCCGUUCGCCGUCUCCGCGCCGCGCGACCCUUCGGCCCGGCCGCCCUCCCCGAACCCCCCCUCCGUCUGCUGCGCCGCCGCCCGCGAAUCCGGGCCAUGGAGGCGCUGUGGAAGCAGGCCUCCAGGCUCAAGGAGCAGGUCGCCCGCCAGGGCGUGUUUAAGCAGUUUGGGGCUGGUGGCUAUGGAAAUUCUGAUAAUGCAUUCACAGACGAGUCAGAAGUUAAACUACAUCAGAGAUUGGAAAAACUUUACUUAUCCACUCGUGCUGCCAAACAUUUUCAAAGGGACGUCGUUCGGGGUGUGGAGGGCUACAUAGUGACAGGAUCUAAGCAAGUGGAGAUAGGGAACAAAUUGUCUGAUGAUAGCCAGAAAUAUGGCAUUGAAAACACAUGCACAAGUGGUAAUACUUUAUCCAGAGCUGCUACAUACUAUGGAAAGGCGCGUUCACUGAUAGAAAAGGAACGCGGGAACAUGCUAAAAGCAUUUGGUACUCAGGUGGCAGAGCCUCUACGGGCAAUGGUAAUGGGUGCCCCUCUAGAGGAUGCUAGACAUCUAGCCCAGAGAUAUGACAGAGUAAGGCAAGAAGCUGAUGCUCAGGUCGUUGAAGUUUCAAGGCGUCAAAGCAGAGUAAGAGAAUCAGCUGGGAAUAGUGACGUGAUAUCAAAGUUGGAGGCAGCUGAGUAUAAACUUGAAGAACUGAAGUCAAACAUGGUGGGGUUAGGAAAGGAAGCGGUUUCAGCUAUGGCUGCUGUAGAGGGGCAGCAGCAAAGAUUGACAUUACAACGCCUCAUUGCAAUGGUUGAGGCGGAGAGAACUUAUCAUCAGAAAGUCCUGGAGAUCCUUGACCAUUUGGAAGAAGAAAUGGUGUCUGAGCGCCAAAAAAUCGAAGCACCUCCACCCCCUGCAGCAGAAAGUUAUAUGUCACCGCCACCACCAUCAUAUGACGAAGUUAAUGGCAUGUUUGCCUCCACUUCUGCUGAUCAGGCAGUUAACUCCGUCGACUUCUUCCUGGGAGAGGCGCUCGAUUCCUUCGAGGCUGAGAGUGAGUUUGAGCUUAACUUAUCAGUUGGCGACAUCGUUAUCGUCCGGAAGAUAUCAAGCAACGGUUGGGCGGAAGGUGAAUGCAAGGGGAAAGCAGGAUGGUUCCCACAUGCCUAUGUCGAAAGACGCGAGCGUGUUCUGGCGAGCAAAGUCCCGCAUAUUUUCUAGGGGUUUUGAGGAGGAACAUAGGUUAUAGGUGUUUGAUUUCAAUAGUUGAACAGCGUACUUUCAGACUUCUACAGUAUUCAUGUGUAUAGAUUGAAUUUUCGUCCCGUGAGCCAGUUUUUGUGAAGAUAAAUGUACAUCUGACAUUUCAGAACACCAAACUGGCCAUACGCAAGCUUUGUAUUGUUGUUUGAAACGAUUGAAUGCUCACUGGUGGAGUUCAUAGUCUUUUCACA